GCAUUGCAUUGCAAUGCAUCCCUUGUGUGUGUGUCUGUCUGCCUGACCUCUGCAAAUUCCCAUUUUCAGACCUUCCCACUACCUCUUCCUUCCCUAUUUAAUACCUCGGACGGCUUCCAAGAAACAGGGCGGAGGCUCAGAACUCAAGAGACCCAUAAGAAGAAAGAAAGAAAGAGGGAGACAUACGGAGUCAGUGAGGAAAAGGAGGAGUUUUAGCAGCAGAAGGGGAAGAAGGAUUUUUUAUGGGGAACUGUUGGGGCUGGGUAGCCCCAAAACCAGACACUACCACCAGUGCCAGUGAUCUCAGCAAAGUUGGUACCUCCCAAGCAACAAUCACCGCAACGACAUCAUCCUCAGGCUCCAGCGGCGUAUCCCGAUUCAGCCAGUUCACGGCCUCAAGCGGGGGUGACCCUGAGAAUGCCAAUACCGGCCACAUCCUACCACUUCCGAACCUGCGGCAGUUUACACUUGCUGAACUGAGGGCUGCAACUAAGAACUUCCGAUCAGACUCGUUGCUUGGCGAGGGUGGGUUCGGGAAAGUCUUCAAGGGCUGGAUCGAUGACAAGCCUUCGUCAAAGAACGGGAAUAAUAGUGGAACGCCGGUCGCGGUCAAGAAACUGAACUCUGAUAGCGUGCAAGGGAUUCAAGAGUGGCGGGCAGAAGUAGAUUUCCUUGGAAGGCUCUCUCAUCCGAACCUUGUCAAGCUUUUGGGUUAUUCCAUUGAGGACCAAGAGCUGCUUCUAGUCUACGAGUAUGUGCAGAAAGGCAGCUUAGAGAACCAUCUUUUUGGAAGGGGCGCGAUGGUGCAAGCACUUCCAUGGGACAUAAGGCUUAAGAUUGCAAUAGGAGCUGCUCGAGGGCUUGCAUUCUUGCAUACGUCAGAAAAGCAAGUAAUAUAUAGAGACUUCAAGGCCUCAAAUAUAUUGCUCGAUGGGUUUUACAAUGCCAAGAUCUCAGACUUCGGCUUGGCAAAGACUGGCCCUUCAGAAAGCAAGUCUCAUGUCACGACGAGAGUAAUGGGCACUUACGGCUAUGCAGCUCCUGAAUACGUCUCGACUGGGCAUCUGUAUGUUAAGAGCGAUGUGUUUGGGUUCGGUGUUGUGCUGGUUGAGAUGCUGACUGGUCUCCGAACACUCGACCCUCGCCGGCCCAAGGGUCAGGAGAAUCUGGUCGAUUGGGUGAAGCCACUGCUGUCCAACAAGCGGAAGCUGAAGAACCUCAUGGAUGCCAAGCUUGAGGGGAAGUAUCCUUCUGCGGCUGCAUACCAGAUAGCCCAGCUUGCCUUGAAAUGCCUCGCUCUCGAUCCCAAGUCUCGUCCUUCCAUGGAAGAGGUGGUGGUAACUCUGGAGAAGCUCGAAUCCUCCCGUCCCGAGAGAGCACCGGAGCCCAAGGUCCGUCCAGCACGUCUGGGUCCUCAGAAGUCCGGUCUGCAAAAUCUCCACAAUCGAUCUCCUCUCCACCAGAGGCAGAACGGGAGCAUGGCCAUACCACAUCAAGGUUCACCCAGAAUGCGAUAACUUGUACAAUAAGAAACCUGGAGCAGGUAACUUGACAGGAAAGUAAUGUAGUGAUUUCGGACUAAUUGCUAUCUCGAAGCAUCUAGAACUGCAAAGCAUACUAUGAUCAUAUGGCUUUCAGAUCUAUCAGAGAUCCAAAUUCUUUAUUGCGUGAUUUGUCGAAACCAGGAAAGAUUUUCUAGUUGUGGUGAGGAGGAACAGAUUCCUCAGUGUAAAGAAAUUUCAAUCUGUUUUGCAUUUGCAGCAUAUCAUCGUGCCGACAUGUUUAUACA